UGGUUACUAGGACCCAUUCUCUUGUGUAGUUGGCCACUAAGUGUUCUAUUUUGUUAUUUUUGGUCCCUGGCGAGUUCCUUGGCUGUUUGUGUAAAUUAAAGGUUUAUGGUCUUAAAGAAUGGCCCAAAAGUUUCAUAUCUUUGUUAGGUUCAACUCCAGCACCAACAUUCCAGUUGAAGUUGAUUUGACAUGGACUAUUCAGAGAUUAAAAGAAGAAAUUGCACAGACACAAGAAGUAGAUCCAUCUGGAAUACGCAUCAUAUUUGCUGGCAGGGAGCUCAGAGAUAGCACAGUUUUAAGGGACUGUGAAAUACCUCAACAAAGUAUCAUUCAUGCCGUCCAUGGUGGAUCAAGGGGAAUAAGUGUAGAUGCAACGACAACACCACUUGCUAGAAUUACUUUAAAUGACAAUCAGGGGAGAGAAGACCCUCGUCCAAUACCAGCCUCAGAAGCCCCUUCCACUUCAGGUAGCAGAUCAGUCCAGUAUUACGUUUAUUGCAGGCAAUGUAAAGACGUUCAACCAGGAAAACUACGAGUUUGCUGCUCAACGUGCAAAGAAGGAACCUUGGUCCUAAAUCAGGAUCCACAAGGAUGGGAUGACGUUUUGCAGGCUGGCAGAAUAAAAGGGGUAUGCCAAAAAGAAGGUUGUUCUGGAAAGACAGCGGAAUUCUACUUCAAGUGUGCCGCCCAUCCAGCAUCAGAGGACGAGAGAUCAGUCGCUCUUUAUCUGAUACGCACUAAUAUAAGAGAUGUACCUUGUAUUGCCUGUGGUGACGUUAUGGAUCCAGUCCUCGUGUUCCCUUGCGACGUGGGCCAUGCUAUUUGCUUAGAUUGCUUUGCAAUGUACUGCACAACUAAGCUAAACGACAGGCAGUUCGUACAGCAUAGGGAUCAUGGCUACACAUUACCCUGCCCUGGAGAUAAAGAAAGUUGCUCUAAUGCUCUAAUCGAAGAGGCUCAUCAUUUCAGAGUUCUGGGACAAGAACAGUAUGAAAGAUAUCAAAAGUUUGGAGCCGAAGAAUGUGUACUUCAGAUGGGAGGUAUUCUCUGCCCUGGUCGUGGAUGUGGAAUGGGCCUGUUCCCAGCACGGGGCACGAGAACAAUACGUUGUGAAGGAGGCUGUAUGGGGGAGUUUUGUCGUGAGUGUAAAGAGCCUUACCAAAAGGGUCACAAAUGUAAUAAACGACAAGCGCCAUCAGMUGAGGCUUCUCGUCAAAGUCGUUACCAAGUAUCUGCAGACAGUGCGCGAAGAGCAUGCUGGGAGCAACAAAACCAAGAGGCGAAAACUCUGAUCAGCCAGAUUAGUAAAGAAUGUCCAAACUGCAAAGUGCCCACCGAAAAAAGUGGUGGGUGCAACCAUAUGUCUUGUACCCGGUGUAGAUACGAGUGGUGCUGGCUGUGUCGUGUCCAGUGGAAUCCAGAAUGCCAAAGCAACCAUUGGUUUCUGCAAGAAAGACACCGAAGACGUUGAUUCGCCUAGACGAAUGGCCCAUAGUCCAUGACAGCUGUAGUAAGAUUAGCCUAUUAGCUUACGGCAGCCUAUUUGAGACCAUUCAGGCAGCUGUUGAAAUUGCCGCUAUCAGAUGCGAAAGCAAAUGAAGUCGUAGUUGCGCUAAAGUUUGAAAACAUCUGUCGUAGCCUGUAAAGGUUUUUUUGAGGUUUUAGAGCGAUUUUUGAUAUUUUCAGUAUUUCUUUUUUUUUAUGAGAUAAAACAUUAACCGGCUUUGAAAUUUUUCGACGUUCCAACUUUAAAAUUCAAUAACUUUUUAAUGAAGCAAAAUAUCAAAAAUCGCUCACACACUUUUGUAGUUUAUCUUUUACUUAUUUACAUAGUGAAAUUCUUUUGGCUAUUUGCGCUAUAUCCAUGUCCAUUAGUUCACCUCUACUGAACGUGCCCGAGUUGUGUUUAAGGCUCCGGCAUUGUUUUAAAUUAAAAAAUCGCUUUCAAAUAAUAUUAUUUUCUGAAUCUUUAUAAUAUGACCUUUAAAACGAUAUAUAGUUUCAUGGGGUUUUGUUUAAAGUGUUGCCAACAGAGAGUCUUAAACGAAACCUACCCCUGAAGGUCUCCAGUCACCUUAAGAGAAUUAAAAGGAUCUAUUUGACGCAGAGAAGUAAACAAACUUCGUCUUACUAUUAUCAUAGAACUUUUGAAUUCCCCCACCCCCACCUGAAAAUUCUUAAAUUGGGUCGUCUUAAAAGCGAUUUCCAGUGACGUGGUUUCGUGAGGAAAUCGCAACCUGUUUAUUGCAUUAAAAUCAUGUCAAACUUUAAA